GCACCGCCAACUACGCCAAAGAGUUUUAUUUUCUAUCUUUUCCGCGCCUACCGGCAUAAACAUUCAUCAGUCUGUGAGAAACUCACUUUCGAAACCGUUCUGAUCUAGUGCUUGUUAACAACAAUAACAUAACUAACCGGUUAUUGAUAAAUAAAUAAAUUACAAUUAAACGACGCUCAUAAUUAAUAAUAAAAGCGGAACAAAAUGAGAACUGCGAUCCUUAAAUCGUACAAUAAAAAUAUUAAGGUUUUGUUCAGGGUGUAAAGUAGUUACUUUUGUUUUGGAAAAAUUGUGCGGAAAAUAUUUCGAUAAUACAAUUAAUGACCGCGUGAAAAAUAAGCAAAGACAGGAAGAGCCAAAACACUUCCAAAUAUUAUAACAAUAAUUAACCAUAAAAACGAAUUUUAAAGAUGAAGAAGGAAAUGUUCCUGUUGGUGACUGUUUUAGUUUUGUACGUUCCAUAUUCGGAAAAUUCUAUUAUAAGGUUUCCUUCAAUGCCCAACCUGGACCUAUUUCUAGAUAAAAUUGCCAACACAACAAUAGACGUUGUCACUGGGGUAACUGGAGUUGUGAAUGGAGGCGUCAGUAUUGUGACAAAUACAAUUCUAAGGAUAAUCAAUGGGGCCGGGACUGCAACUGAAAAAAUUAUCAAUCUCCUUGAGGAAUUUAGAAAACGGAUGGUCAUGGGAAUACCCGAACUGGGUAUUCCUAUUCUUGAACCUUUGACCAUUGAGUUUAUCGAUUUAAAUAUUACUCAUGAAGUCGGCAGAUUUGUGGGCUAUGCAAGGGACAUCGAAGUCCGUCACUUAUCCCGUUUUAAAUUAGACCAUAUCAGUUUAAAUCUACAAAACAGACUUUCUUUUAACAUUACAUUCCCUUAUCUAAAAGUCAUAGGCUUUUAUGAGAUAAAUGGUAAUGUUGGAGAUAUGUUCAGAAUAUUUGGAAAAGGACCUUUUUGGUUGAAAUUGCAAGGAUUGUCAAUAAGUGCUGUAGCACAGUUGAGAUUUAAUAUGAAACACAAUCCUUCAUAUUAUCUUGAAUGGUUGAAAAUCAAAGUUAAACUGCAGAAAAUACAGGUAAAAUUUCAUUUUCUUCUCGUUCUUGUUUUGUUUUUGAAUAAGUAAGUUGUAUUAUUACUC